AAUAUGACAGAGUGUGUGACACCUGACUUAUGAAAUAAAAUAUUGUGCUCGUGACAGUCACUCAAAAGGAGCAGGAGGUAAAUUUCGUUGCGUAUAUUUUACUUACAGAGCCGAAUACAUUUCCAAGCAUAUAACGGAUGAUUGAAAAUUACACAUUAUGGGGAACACGGUAUCCGCAGCGGAGGUUUUAGCCGCGGAAAUUACUCGGCCGAUCACAGGCUCAACCAAAGCCCAUCACAGCGAUGAACAUAUGACCGGCGUGCCACCACCAGAAUGUCCCAUGCACAAGUCUCUGGCCCCAGCCAAACCAGUAUAUAAGUCAGAGUGUCCAGUGAAGCAGGAUGGAAACGACAUAAAUCCUCUCAAUAUGAUGCCACCGGCGAACCAACAGCCUGCACCUGACCAGCCCUUCCCGUUGCCCACCGAAAGGCAAGUUUCGAGCAUACCCAAAGUAACGGAGGACGGGCGCACUGAAUUCUGGGUGUACCCGAGCCAACAAAUGUUCUGGAACGCAAUGCUGCGGAAAGGUUGGCGAUGGAAGAAAGAAGACAUCGAGAAGAAGGACAUGGAACACAUCAUCAAAAUUCAUAACGCAAACAACGAGCAGGCAUGGCGUGAGGUGUUGAAGUGGGAGGCGCUGCAUGCAAACGAGUGCAGUAAUCCGAAGCUGAAGAGUUUCGGUGGAAAAGCAACAGAAUACAGCCCACGGGCCCGAAUCCGGCAUUUAUUGGGCUACGAGUACCCAUUCGACAGACACGACUGGAUCAUCGACCGAUGCGGCAAGGACGUUCGUUACAUUAUUGACUACUACGACGGCGGCGUGGUUGACAACGAAUACAAAUUUGCUAUACUCGACGUCCGCCCAGCAAUGGAUUCCUUCGAAAACAUCUGGGAUCGCAUGCGUGUUGCGUACAUGAGGUGGAAGUAUGACAGGGAGGAGACCAAACCCUCCGCGCAUUCAGAAUAGAGUGCGGCGGAAUAUUAUUUAAUUCAUUACUUGUAAGAAAUCGAACUCAGUCAAAAUACAAUGUUGUAAUUGAAAGUUGAUUGUUAUUGGGCGGAGCGCUGAUGUGGAUUGCCUGCAAUUUAAAUAGAAAUGUGGAUGCGUAGAUUGAAA